AUAAUUUGUGUACUGACCGUACAGUUGUGGCGCGGCGCAGUGUGCGGCGGCCUGCUGCGUGAGCCCUGAGUGUCCUGAGGGUGAGGCGUGAGCCCUGAGUGUCAUGAGGCCUGCUGUGUGAGCCCUGAGUGUCCUGAGGAGGGUCACAUGCAUGUGAGCCAGAGCCUGAGUGUGUGGAAGUGUGCACGCAAGGUAAAGCCUGCAGCAUCCCUCGUGCUCACCACUCAUCUAAGACAAAGGCAGUUACCACACUGGACAUCAUAUUUUGUUAAGUACAAAGAUGUAACCAGUGAUCAGAGAGGAUAUUCACACUUUAAUUGGCAGGUUGAUGGAGUCAAUUAUCAUGUACUAAGGACAGGAUGUUGGCCAUACAUCAAGUACCACUGCUCAAAGAGGCCACAUGAAGAUCUCUCUUCAGAUGACAAUUUAUUCCGCAUCAUAAAAGUAAUAAAUUUAGGUAUUCCCUGCUUGGCCUAUGGCUGUGCUGCCUGCCUGCUGAUCCGCUGCCAGGAAGACGUCCACACACCCAGUGGCACAGUGCCAAUUUAUUUCCUAUAUGAAGAGGACAGAAAUGCUUUGCAUUAAACCAGUGUUUUUAAA